UUAAUUAAACCAGAACCGAAUUCUAAACGCGGAACCCUUGCCAGAGGAAGACAGUGGAAUGCUCCGUUCACGAGAAUCAGAGAAGAGAUUUACCAGGGUCGAGUACCCGUCCCCACUCUCUGCCGAUAGAUCAUUAAAAAUAGAGACGGAGAUAUAUGAAUAUAAAAUAAAACAUGGUGAACCCGAAUCAUGAUGUCUGAAUUGAGAGAUGAAAGCUGCUAUCCAAAGUCUUUGGUGGCUGUUAAUGUUCUUCUUCCUUGUAUUGAUUCUUUUAUUGCUCUCUUGCAUUUUCCCAGGGUGGAUUGCAAAACCUUCUUGGAUAUAUAAAAGAUCCAAUCGGUGGGUCUAGCAUCUUAAUUGGACACUGUUGCAGAACUGAAGUUGUUACAGGUGAUGAGGAUUCAUUUAAGGAAUACACAGAUUGGUUGGACUCGCCAGAAAGUAUUUCAUCUACUGAUUGGUUUUUCCAAUGUCGGAUACUUCCUGUAUUUUGUGUUAACUCUUGUUGCUGCUUGUAAGAGUUGGCUUUGCUGGUCGCAAUCUUGCGGCUUCAUAGUAAUGGCUUGUCCCAAAAUUUUAUUCCUUGCAGCAUUCCUUCUGCUUCUAUCUUUUUGGGUGGAUCUCUGCCAUCAGAGUAAUGAUGAUGAGGAUGACGAAGAAGGACAUUGUACUUGUGAUGGUUUGCUGCCAAAGAUUGGUAUAUCUAAUUCUAGUGGUCAAAGACGCAUUAGAUGCCUCUCUUUCCGGGGUAUUCAUGUUGGUACCCGCCAAAAACUUGUAAUAUUGGUUACAGUGUUAAUAUUUGUAUUGAUGAUAGCAUCAGCUGUGUUAAUAUGGAUAGGAAUGGGAAAGAAUCCCAUUGAUUCAGUAUUUGUGGCCCGGGUGUAUGUAGACGUAUUUGCCAUAGCAAUGCUUUUCUUGGGAGGAGCAUUAGCUUGUUAUGGAUGUCUAUUGUCCUUUAAGAUGAGGAAAGUACGAUCAGACACAGCUUCAUCUGAAAUGUUAAAGGUUGCAGGCCUGGCCAUCGUUUCUGUGCUAAGUUUUAUGUCAAGUGCUCUUGUUGCUCUGUUUACAGAUAUACCUAUGCUUUAUCACUGGCAUCAACAGAGGGUUACUGGUGUUUAUACCUCUUCACUUCUGGUUCUCUAUUAUUUUAUAGGAUCAUCAGUGCCCUCAGGAUUUCUAUUAUGGGUAAUGAGAGAAUUACCGCCGUGUUUGGUGAAACAAGAAGUUGAAACAAUAGCUUUUGUCAGUGAGAACACAAGGGUAAUAGAUCCGCCGUCGCCGAAUUGGACUACUGCCACAAGCAUGCAAAAUCAGGCCACGGGAGGUUUACAACCUGCAGCCAAAAAUCGGGGAAAACAAUUAAGAUUCAAUCUACUGGCUGCGUACGAGAAAGAGAUGGAGGAACUGCAUCAGCAUCACCAUUACUAUCAGCAUCGAUAUCAGCGUCAGUAUCAGCGUCAAAGCAUAUGAGUGAACAAGAAGACUGUUGGGCCCGUUUGUACAUAGCAGACGGAGCAGAAACUUAACGCUUGUAUGCAUGAUCUAAUCGUGUAUAGAGUUUAAAAAUCUUCUCUGUUCCUUUCUGUUAAUGUACACAGAGAAGGGAGGAGACUGUAGACCUUAAAGCUCCACUCUCUUCUCAGCCCUUUACCUUCUCCAGUUCCAUCUGCUAGUUACUCAGACAAUUUCGUUUGUUUUUUCAGACAUCUAAAGCAGAAAACCUUUCUACAACUCAUCAUAAGAGCUAAUGUUGUGGUUUUUUUUUUAUUUAAGAAAAACUAUUUCUUUACUUAA